AAAAGUAUUGUUGUAACUGAAGAAAGGAAAACGAAAGUAGAACAAAAAAAAACAAAGACAGUUUUAGAUGAAGACACUUACACUGAAAAAAUCACAGAUAUCAUUCAACGUGAUUUCUUCCCUGAUUUAUCAAAGUUAGAAGCCCAAGCUGAAUAUUUAGAGGCAUUAGAGAAGAAUGAUUUGGUUACCUUGCGUAAAAUCCAGAUGAAAUAUGGGCCAGUUAUGUUUUUAUCAUCUUUUAUUCUUAUAGAUUAUACACCAGCCACUUUUGAAACACCAGACCCUAGUCACAGACCUCACUCACCUUCAUCUAAACCCUCAAAUGAUAAGGCUCCAGUAUCUACUACAAAUAUUGAUGUACAAAAGAAAAGUAAGAUGGGUCUAGAUAAAUUUCUGAGUAAAAAUACCAGUGAAGAUAAUGCAUCAUUUAAUGAAAUAUUGGAAGAAUCUGACAAAAAACAUCGGAUGAAACAUGCUUGGUUAUUUAAUAAAGAAGAUGAACAAAUGAAGGAACAUACAGAUAAACUAGCUUUACCAUCAAUCGAAGAGCAAGCAGUAUUGGCCAUAGAUAAGAGUUCCGUAGAUACAUGGAAGUAUCAAGCUAAGAAUGCUGUUAUGUAUGUUCCUGAGGGUAAGGAUAGAAUCUCUGAAAAGAAGUUCAAGGCACAAGAAAUUGUUCAUGAAAACACCAGGUUUUAUGCCAACCCUCAUGAUAUGAAAAAGAACAAGCAGAUAAUGCAACAGGCAGCUGUCAAUAAAGCUUUGUCCAAUCAAGGGAAAAUUGGACAUGAUGGAAAGGAGCUUACAGCAAACCAAACACCAAAAAUUAAUGGUUAUGGUUUUGUAGCCACACCUUCUCCAGCACCAGGUGUAGAAGAAUCACCAUUGAUGACUUGGGGUGAGAUUGAAGGAACACCCCUAACCCUUGACACUGGGGUUACACCUGGUAAUACCUCUGGUCCGGUAUUCAAGAUCCCAAAUAUUCCACAAAGAGAUCAGAUAGCUAUGGAAUUGGCUGAAAAAGCCAGUAAAAACCACAGAGCUAAAAAGCAGGCUGCAUUACAACAAGUCAGUAGAAAUUUAGCCAGUCCAUCUCCAAAAUUCAGUCUUUCUUCUACAGAUCGCUUGAAUUCUUUAUCACCAGCUGCUCAACGUCUUGCUAGUAAAAAACUGGGAAUCAGAACUCAUACAGAUAAAGCUUUAAAAGACAGUUACACACCCUCACCAUCUCAUAGACUCCCUGGUGAUAAAACACCUGUUAGACUAACACCAUUAUCUUCACCCAACUCAGUCCGAUCUUCUAUACAAUCUAGUCCACGAACACCUCGCACACCCAUUGGAAAACACACUGGAAGUGACAUUCGUUCAUUAACAGACAAUUUACUUCAGUUACCCAAGCGGCCUAAA